CACCAAAAUAUAAAUAAAUAUCAACAGCAGUGGUAACGAGACUACACGUGUUUCUUUCUCUUUUGAUAACCAGUAAUAGAUUGUAGUAAAAAUAUUUUGAAAACUGUAUUAAUUAAUCUAUAUAUAAACGUAAAUCAGGAAGUAUUUACCAGAAAAUGAGAGGAAGUGUGAUUUUUCAACCAAACCGUAGCCUUGGAUAUGUUAGUAAUCAUAUCCCGGCAUAUGUGCGAUAUGUGGAAAAGCGCAACGAAAAUGUUAUAACGACUUGCAUCGGAAAAUCUUUCCAUGUAUAUGCUGCAAGUAGCUUCCGUUUGGUGCGGGUUGGCGGUUUACAUACUGAAGGUAUAUCAUGUAUUGCAGCAGAUGGCUUUUUAACUUAUGUUGCCGCUGGAUGUACAAUUUACGGCUGGCGCUCUAGCAACCAGUUGCGCAAAAUUUAUAGAGGCCAUGAAAAAAGAGUUCAUCUGUUACUUCCCUUCGGGAAACAUUUACUAUCUAUCGAUGAAGCCAAUUUGAUGAAAAUAUGGUUUGUUGGUACACAAGAAGUUUACCUCGAAGUUCCUUUAAAUAAGGAACAGUUUGAUGUGUCAGCGCUUAUGCACCCCGCAUCGUACAAAAACAAAGUGUUACUUGGAAGCACACAGGGAGGCUUGCAACUCUGGAACAUUAAGAGCGCUAAGUUAGUACAUUCAUUCAAAAAUAUGGACAGUCCGGUGUCUGUGCUGGAACAGGCCCCAGCUAUUGAUGUAGCAGCUGUUGGUUUAAAGAAUGGCAGAAUUAUCCUUAUAAACCUGAAAUAUGAACAGAAUAUAAUUGAAUUGAGCCAAGACUGGGGAUCGGUGACAGGAAUUGCAUUUCGCACGGAUGGUCAUCCUAUCAUGAUCACUUCUAGUGUCAAUGGUCAGGUCACGUCCUGGAAUUUGGAAGAACAUGUAAUAAUGUCUACGUUUCAAGCUCACGACGAUUCUGUUACCACUCUUAAAUGCUUCGCGAAUGAGCCAUUGUUAUUGACUACUUCUCCAGACAACUCCAUGAAAUUAUGGAUAUUUGACUUGCCAGAUGGUGGAGCCAGGCUAUUGCGAAUCCGAGAAGGUCAUGGAGCACCCCCAACAUGUAUUCGAUAUCAUGGUUCCUCAGGAAAGUUCAUUUUAUCAGCUGGAGAGGACUCUUCUUUACGUAUUUUCAGCACUGUUUCUGAAACAUUGAACAAAAGUUUGGGAAAAGCUAGCUACAAUCGCAAAGCAUCUAAAAAACUCCGUAAAAAGGUAGAUCCUUUCCAAAUGCCUCCAAUUUGCUUUUUUACAUCAGAAACCACACGCGAUAAGGAGUGGGACAGUAUCGCAGCUGCACAUUAUGGAAUUAUUCAAGUAACAACGUGGUCUUUCGAUAAAUGUCGUAUGGGUGAGCUGAAACUUGUACCAGAGAUGUUUCGUAAUAAGAACCGUACCGAUUUUGGAGUGUCUGUCACAGCCCUAUGCUUGAGCCACUGUGGAAACUUUGUCAUUAUCGGCUACUCGAGUGGUCACUUAGAGCGAUUCAAUAUUCAAAGCGGAAUUCAUCGGGCAAGCUAUGGUAAACCCCCUGCACACGAAAGUAAUGUGCGUGGUGUUACUAUCGACAAUCUGAAUCAGUUUAUAGUAUCAGGAGGAGCAGAUGGAUUCAUGAAAUGGUGGCAUUUCAAGCAUAACGUUAACCAGGCUGUGUUCUGUCUUCAAUUGAGCGAACCAAUAUUACUGUUUAACACACAUCGUGAAGGAGCUAUGAUAUCCGUGGCAUUAGAGGAUUUUUCCAUAUCAAUUGUGGACUUUGAUAGUCGCGUUAUUGUGCGUACGUUUCAAAGUCACAAAGGUCCAAUAACAGAUAUGUGUUUCUCCCCGGAUAAUCGUUGGCUUGUAUCAGCCAGCAAAGAUUGCACUAUUAAAGUGUGGGAUAUACCAUCAUCCUAUUUAAUAGACCAUUUUCGGAUGCCACAAAUUUGUACUUCGUUGUCGUUUUCUCCAUCAGGAGAUUUUCUUGCUAUGGCUUUCGUUGACUGUAAAGGAAUCUAUUUAUGGGCGAAUAAAACACUGUUUUCGCAUGUUUCAUUGCGUUCUAUAAACACGACGACUGAAGCUCCCCUAAUGGAUUUAUGUGCAGUUGUAUCUCAAGAAAAAGAUACUGUCAGUGAAUUGGGAGAAUUAAUUGAAACUAUUGAUCUUAAUUAUGAGAGCCCUCCACAACUAUCUAAAGAUUUAAUCACAAUGUCUGAUUCAGUUGCAUCCCGGUGGCAGAACCUACUCAAUUUGGAUGUCAUAAAAAAAAGAAAUCGGCCCAGAGUAGCCCCACAAAAGCCAAAAGCAGCGCCAUUUUUCCUGCCCACAGUAUCAGGGUUAGAAUUUUCGUUCGAUGUAAAUAAAGAUCAACAGACAACAGGGGACGAUGGCUCACAGUUAUCAAAAGUAACGCGUAUUGAACAAUUGUCAAGUCUUGGUAAACUACUUAAAACCUGCGAUAAACACAAUUUUCUGGAACCUGUCGAAUUUCUCAGCAAUUUAGGUCCAUCAAUGGUGGACUAUGAAAUUUCCAACAUAUGCCCAAUGGAUGAUAGUAGUGAAAGUAUCUCAACGCUAGUUUCUUUUAUGAACUUGAUUAUAUUCGUACUGGAAAGUAAUGAAAAGUUUGAACUUGGGCAAAGUUGGUUAAGUUUAUUUCUGAAACACCACGGACGAAUCGUUGUAAAACAGCCUGCGUUAAAGACAACGUUGGUACAACUUGAGCAGGUACAAGCCAAAGGAUGGAAGGUAUUAGAGGAAAAACUGUUGUAUGGAAUAGGUGUUGUGAGUAGUUUACGUAAUUUCAACGUUUAAAUAAAGUCAAACUUCAAAAA